CAAGAAGACAAACCAAAAAACAAUGUCCAGACAUCAUUGUACACACCAUUAGAAUAUUAUGAAGAGUACUUUAAGAAGAAACACAAGGAUUCCAACUGUGGUUUUGCUGAAGAGUAUGAGGAGUUGAAAACUGUUGGAACGGCACAGUCCAAAAACACUGCCCUGGCUAUUGAAAACAAGUCGAAGAACCGUUACAGCAAUGUGCUACCUUAUGAUGCUUCAAGAGUGACGUUAUCAAUGUGUGGCAGUCCCUUUGAUGACUACAUCAAUGCAAACUACAUGCCAGGUUACAAUUCAAGAAAAGAGUUUAUAGCAGCUCAGGGUCCGCUGCCCGUCACAGUGAAUGAAUUUUGGAGAAUGGUCUGGGAGAAGAAUGUCCACACCAUAGUAAUGCUGACCAAAUGCAACGAGAUGGGACGAGUGAAAUGUGAGAAGUACUGGCCAUCUGGGACCAAUCAUUAUCAAAACAUCUCUGUGACAACCACCUCAGAGAUAGAACUGGAGAGCUGGACCAUAAGAGACUUCAGUAUCAAAAAUGUAAAAACAGCAGAAACUCGUAAUAUAUGCCAGUUCCACUUCACGGUGUGGCCAGAUCAUGGAGUUCCACAGUCCACUGAAGUCCUCAUUGACUUCAUACACCUGGUCAGAGAACACAUGGACCAGUACACACGCCACUCUCCAACUGUGGUGCAUUGCAGUGCUGGUGUGGGAAGAACAGGGACCUUCAUUGCCAUUGACCACCUGAUCUUCCAGAUUGAAAGAGACGGGAUGGUGGACAUCUACGGAAUAGUUAACGAUAUGCGCAUGCACAGACCUCUCAUGGUGCAGACUGAGGAACAAUAUAUUUACCUCCACCAGUGUGCGUAUGACAUAAUUCGAUCAAGAACGGGAACCAACAAGGACUUAAUUUACCAGAACACAGUAGAGCUCAGUAUCUAUCAGAACGUAAAAUAUCAAAAAUUGUAAAUGUAGAUGGCCUCAAGAUGGCUCUUGUCCAACAAUCAGAGAAAUUUAAGACUGCAUAAAGCACAUUUUAAGUUUCACAUAUACAUAUGUCCUUCAUAUAUAGCUGGAUGUAAUUUAUUUCUUGUACAAUACUUCAAACUUUUGAGUAAUAUUUUAAUUUUAAUGAAUACAUUUAAAAGAUUACACUGGAAAAAAUGCAGCCAUUUUCUAUGAUAACAAUUUAAAAGAAAUAGUAGAAAUUGUAGAAAUUGUAUUUAUGAUAAUUCAGUCAAAAGGUAUUUUUAGUGCAAAAUGUCCAAAAGAGAUAUUUGUAUAAUUUGACAUAAUAUAUUUACUGCACUAUCAAAAAUCUGUACAUUUACUACUGAUAUGAUUGUAUAUGGGAUCCCAACUUUUUCAACAUGUUUAUAUAUUCAAAGUUAUUUAGAAGAAUAUUGUCACACACACAAACUGUUUGGACUGUUUUCAUUCUUUGCACCAUUUCCCUUAGUUGUCAUGGUUGUUAAUUGAUUUGUCAUUUAGUUCAGCUGUGUGCACUGUGUACUUGUCUCUGUUUCUGUUCAGUUUGUUUUGUGGAUGUUAACCUGUGUUUCUUUUGCCUGAGACUUAUAUUAAAAAACUUUAUGAUCCUUUU